AUGCAGAUCAUAUGCCCCGCAAAUGCGCCCCAAGAGGGCCCCGCCGUCCCUGUCACUCGGGAGGACCUAAUAGAGCACAUAAGUUCCGGCUGCAAGACACGGGACCGCUGGCGCAUUGGUACGGAGCACGAGAAGCUGGGCUUCCGCGUCGCCGACAAGCGCCGCAUGGACUACGACGAGAUUCGCCAGGUGUUUGGCAAGCUCGAGUCGCGCUUCGGCUGGAAGCCAAUCAAAGAGGGCGACCUCACAAUCGGCGUCGCGCUGGACAAGCAGACCGUCACGCUCGAGCCCGGCGGCCAGUUCGAGCUCAGCGGCGCGCCCGUCGCGACGCUGCACCAGACGUGCGCCGAGGUCAACAGCCACCUGUACCAGGCCAAGUCCAUCGCCGAGGAGCUGGGCAUCGGCUUUCUGGGCUCGGGCUUCGACCCCAAGUGGGCCAUCAACGAGAUCCCCGUCAUGCCCAAGGACCGCUACCGCCUCAUGAAGGCCUACAUGCCCACCGUCGGCACGCGCGGCCUGGACAUGAUGUUCCGCACCUGCACUAUCCAGGUCAACCUGGACUACGAGUCCGAGGCCGACAUGGUGGAGAAGUUCCGCAUCGGCCUCGCGCUGCAGCCCGUCGCAGUCGCGCUGUUUGCCAACUCGCCGUUCUGCGAGGGCAAGCCGACCGGCGAGGUCAGCACGCGGGCGCGCGUCUGGAUGGACGUGGACAAGGCGCGGACCGGCGGGCUGCCGUUUGUGUUUGAGAAGGGCAUGUCGUUCGAGCGGUACGUGGACUACGCCAUGGACGUGCCCAUGUACUUUGUGUACCGCAAGGGCAAGUACAUCGAUGCGCUCGGCAUGAGCUGGCGGGACUUUAUGGAGCGGCAGCUGCAGCGGCAGCAGCAGCAGCUGCAGCGGCAGCAGGCGCGGCAACCCGUGCCCUGCGCUGCCGCGCUCGCCAGCCCUGCCGCAGCGCCCAACCCCCUCAGCUGA